AUGAAAGAGGAAGCAUCUCAAUAUUCCAUUGUUGGAAGUAAGAAAUUGCCACAAUUCAGAUCUUUAUCAUGCGAUUAACCACCUAUAAUUUAUGAGAAAAACAACAAAGUGGAGAAAGUUUGUGAUGAAUACUUGAUAUAGAAACUUGAAAGAUUACAAAUAAACAAUGAGCCAAAGUAUGAUAACGAAAACGAUUGUUUCAAAUACAGUGUUGCCAAGUCAUUGCUACUGAAUACUUAAACAAGAUAUUUUCAAGGGGACUUAUUUAGUUUUUGUUAUCUUUGUAAGAAAAUAGGACAUGUACAAAGACAAUGUACUUCAUAAAAUCAGGAGUUCUGUAUUUAUUGUCUAAAAGAGGAUCACUAUUCACAUCAUUGUAAAUAAGUUGCUUGUUUUAAAUGUCAUCUUAAAGGACAUAGAAAAGCUGAAUGCAAAACAAAGAUCUAAAUAAAUUAUAGACCUAUAUUAGUAACUUUAAAACAUUUUGAUUAAAUCUAAUGUUUAAAUUGUUUGUAAUUAGGGCAUAUCACUUGUGAAUUAAAUUUGGAUAAUGACUUUGUCUAUUGA